AUGCGUCGGGCGGGCAGGCACAGCAGGCAGGCCCAGGAGGGCAGCCCCAUGGAGAACGGCGUGCGGCAGGAGCCAGAGACCCCCGAGCCACAUGCUGCCGAGGGCAUCCCGGCCCCCCGCCCGCCCCGUGCCCGCCCCAGGCUGGUGUUUCACACGCAACUGGCCCACGGCAGCCCCACGGGGCGCAUCGAGGGCUUCACCAACGUCAAGGAGCUCUACGCCAAAAUCGCUGAGGUCUUCAGCAUCUCGCCCACUGAGAUCCUCUUUUGCACGCUCAACACGCACAAAGUAGACAUGCAAAAGCUGCUGGGGGGACAGAUCGGCCUGGAGGACUUUAUCUUCGCCCACGUCCGGGGUGAGACGAAGGAGGUGGAGGUGACCAAGACAGAGGAUGCACUUGGCCUCACCAUCACGGACAACGGGGCCGGCUAUGCUUUCAUCAAGAGAAUCAAGGAGGGGAGCAUCAUCAACCGCAUCCAGACGGUAUGUGUGGGUGACAGCAUCGAGGCCAUCAAUGACCACACCAUUGUGGGCUGCCGGCACUACGAGGUGGCCCGGAUGCUGCGGGAGCUGCCCCGGGCUCAGCCCUUCACUCUCCGCCUGGUGCAGCCCAAAAAGGCCUUCGACAUGAUCGGGCAGAGGACGCGGAGCAGCAAGUCCCCGGGCGAAGCCAGAGUCGUCAGCGGGAAGGAAACGCUGCGGCUGCGGGCGCAGGGCCCAGCCACGCUGGAGGAGGGGCCCACCCCCUUCGAGGAAGAAGCCGCCAGCCGAGUGGAUGAUCUGCUGGAGAGCUACAUGGGCAUCCGUGACAGCGAGCUGGCUUCGAUGAUGGUGGAGGUGGCGAAGGGGAGCCCCAGCGUGGCCCAGCUCGCCCGCGGCUUGGACUCGGUGCUGGGCGAGUUUGCCUUCCCCCAGGAGUUUGUGGCCGAGGUGUGGGCAGCCGUCUGCCACCCCAAGGGGGGGCAGGAGUAG